AUGUCGAUAAAGAACCAAACGAGAGUGACAGAAUUCAUACUUCUAGGUUUUGGAGACCUUCACAGCUUUAAUAUUAUAUUGUUCUUGUUUUUCUUAAUCGUUUUUCUUUUUACAGUCAUGGGAAACCUUCUGAUCAUCCUUCUGGUGUCGCUCACUGUCCAGCUCCAGUCCCCCAUGUAUUACUUCCUAAGUCAUCUUUCCUUUACCGAUCUCGUGAUUUCCAUUAGUACUCUUCCCAACAUGCUCGGUGCCAUUCUUUUGGGGGGGAUAAAAAUGUCUUAUCUUGGCUGCAUCACACAGUUGUAUUUCAUCUGUAGUUCAACCAUCACUGAAUGUUAUCUCCUUCCCGUGAUGUCCUAUGACCGAUACCUGGCCAUCUGUAACCCCCUAAGAUACACUAGUGUCAUGGACUACAAGUAUCGUAUCUGUCUUUCGGUAUGGCCAUGGUUAUUUGGUUUUACACUUGAUCUUAUUGGAGUCCUUGGGGUGUCAAACUAUAAUUUUUGCCGUGACAAUAUCAUUGACCAUUUCUACUGUGACGUCUCUCCACUUCAGAAGCUUUCCUGCUCGGACUCUUCUCUUGUAGAACUGGAGAUCUUUCUGUUUUCUUUGCCAAUCUUUAUCCUUCCUUGUGGUUUUAUCAUUGUCACCUAUGUAUUUAUCGUCCUCACCAUAGUUAGGAUACCGACAACAACCGGCAAACAAAAAGCUUUCUCAACCUGCAGUUCUCACUUUAUUGUUGUGGGGACAUUUUACGGGACACUAAUAGCUAAAUACAUGAUCCCAUCUAAAGGACAGUCAUUGCUUAUUAAUAAGAUUGUAUCCUUAUUGCACACGGUAUUUACCCCACUGUUUAACCCUAUUAUAUAUAGUCUUAGAAACCAGGAUAUAAAAAUGGCACUUAAAAAGCUCAGUGACCAAUAUCUUGCCCUAUGA